UAUUAGUAAUUUUUUUAACAUGGUCAAUUAAGAAUAAUAAUCGCAGUGCGAUCUAUAAAUCAUUGUUCUCACCUUUCCUAUUAUACAAAAUCAAAUUAAUUUAUGCCAAAGUGUAAACAAUGUGAUUUGAAAAAAGAAAAGAAAAGUUUACCUACAUAUCGAAAUAAUAAUCUAAGGAUGUAAAAUACUCGAAAUGAAUUUACGGCACUUUGACUAUAUUAAAAUCGAAGCACUAAUAAAAAGUUUGAGGUAUAUUACAAAUAUCUGUAGAUCAUAUGAAAAAUUCAAAUUCGUAAUUGACAAAGGUAAUAAAAAAAUACUUCGUUAUAAAUCAAAGUGCUAUAAUUUUGUUCAUAUUCGUGACAAUGACUCACCGGCGACAUUCAGAACAGGCCUUCAACCUAGCCUCCUCGAGUAUUCUCGAGGACGUUGUCGCAUCUCUGUUCCGUCCACCUAUCUGCACCUCUUCUUUUUUACUCUUUUAGCCUUUUACAAGCAGCAUCCACUGUUCGAUUAUAAAAAGUAAAAUCACAACCGAAGAAAUCUCUUCUUUUUAUUUUACAUUAAGAACUCUAAUUUAUUACUCAAUGUUCGUCGCCAAAUCAUUGUUUUCUUUGUAAACAAGAAAGUAAUAACAAAUAAAUAUCUAAUACGGAAUAAGCUCGUCUCACGUUGUCUUUUGCUAGCACUCUUCUGUCAGGCGUGCCUUACGAACCUUCACGGGCCCCGUAUCUCCUUCCUACCACCCCAACAUAGCACCGAGAGACCUCGUCUUUAUUACAGGGACGUCCGCUUUGAAUUCACGUUGAACAUGGAACUUUUUAUACAUUCAAUUGUCUACUUUGAUUUUUUACUGGUACGAUGAUGCGUCCUUACCAUCAGUCUCUCCCACCAUCAACACGUACCAAGAGAAGACAUUCACCUCAAGAAGCCAACUCCCGGAGAGGUAUCCUUUUUGAUUGCUUCGACGUGUUCUCUUUCAAAUUACUAAUAUUUUUACUAUGAUCGUAUUUGUUAUUAGAGAUUUAUAUUAUUAUUUUAAGAGAUAAUUCGAAAUAUUUUCUAUAUACGUAAAAUACUUUUUUUUGGAUUUACCCAUAUACGAUAAAGGAACUACUUUAAAUGAUUCUGAGAUGAUUUCAAUAACGAUAUCUUAUAAUAUAAAUUAAUUGAAUACCUUCACAAUGACACCAUCUGACUGUAUUUUGGAUAUUUCAAACGUUUUUCAUUCAACCACUGUAAUAAUUGAAAAAAGUUGUUUAAGCAAAUCUGAGCCUACAUCAGUUUUAAGAGAUGUAUCUGCACGAGUUCAUGGUGGCGAAGUUUUAGCUAUAUUAGGUUCGAAAGGUUCUGGAAAAAGAGCUCUUUUGGAUGUGAUAGCUGGAAGAGCAGAAGGAGAAGUACGAGGCAGAAUAACAUUGAAUGGUAAUUUAUUAACACCUGAAUUAUUUAGAAGACAUGGUGGAUAUGUAGCCCAUAGAUGUCAUUUAUUACCAAGUUUAACAGUUCGUCAGACACUUACCUAUGCUAUGUGGUUAGCAAAUUUAAAUAAUCGGGAAGCUAGAGUUAGACAAGCAUUAGCUGAUUUAGCAUUAUCUCAAGUUGCCAAUAGAUGUGUGAAUGAUCUUACAAGACCAGAGUAUCGGCGACUCAUGUUAGGUGUACAACUUGCUAAAGAUCCAAUGCUACUUCUCCUAGAUGAACCAACUUGGGAUACUGACCCAUUAAAUACAUAUUUAAUUGUAUCAAUGCUGUGGUCUUAUGCAACCAGAAGGGGAUCUAUUGUUGUUUUGACUAUGGAAACACCUAGAUCGGAUGUUUUGCCCUUUGUCAGUCGUGUGACUUUAUUAUGUUUAGGUGCUGUGGUUUAUUCUGGACCAACAAGAAGCAUGUUAGACUAUUUUACUUAUAUUGGAUUUCCAUGUCCAGAAUUAGAAAAUCCGUUAAUGUAUUAUUUAUGUCUUUCAACGGUAGAUCGACGUUCUAGAGAUCGUUUUUUAGAGUCUGAUCAGCAAAUCUCUGUGUUAGUUGAAAAAUUUAAAGUCGAAGGUCUUUUAUAUAUGAAAGAAGCACCACAAAUAUCACCCAAUUUAAAAGACACACCACUUGGAAUUAUGCAUAAAGGUUUGGGCCGAGGAAUUAAGCCAGGAUGUUUUUCCACACUUUUAGCUCUUUAUUUAAGAAGUAUGGCAGCUACAUUCUCUUUUAAUAAAUGUGGUUUAGGGCACUUCUCCGCACGUUUUUUAUUACUGCCAUUCAGUGUGGCUCUAAUGAGUAUAUUAUAUUCUCACUCAACUCCUGUACAAUCUAGAAUAUUUUUACAAACAGGAGGCUUGGUUUUUAAUGUAUUGAUGCUGUUUUAUGUAACUGGAAUAGCAACAACAUCAUUACUUUGUUUUCGUGCUAGAUAUUAUCAAGAAAAGAGAGAAGGCCUUUAUGGUGGAGCCAUGUUUUUGACUGCAUACACAUUAUUAAGUUUACCUUUAAGUUUCAUCUCGACUUUAAUCACAAUUAGUAUCUUAAUACCUAUCUUGGAAUUAGAUCUUUCAGCAUGGGCACAUACUUCUGGCAUUCUUUGGUCGAGCUAUAUUGCAGCUGAACAAAUAACUGUGGCUUUAUUAAUGAUACUUGAGAAUUCUUUAACUGGUGCAAUAACAGUGUUAUAUGUUGCACUAUUGUCUCUUGGUAUUGGAUCUGGAGCAAUCCGAAGUCUCAGAAAUUUACCACAUUGGUUAGCAACAAUUUCUAGUGCUCUACCUGCAAGAUAUGCCUCAUUGGCAUUAAAUCAAUUAGCUAUGGAUAUGCCGAUAUUUUCCAAUUUACCAUAUAAUGAAACUGUGACUUGUCCAGGUAUACCUGAAUUAUGUAGGUAUGCAGAUGGACGUACUUAUUUGAUAGAACGUUUUACACGCGAAGGUGAAAACAUAUCUGAAGUAUUAAAUGUAGAAUUAAAUUUGUUAAUAUGUUUAGCAUUUGCUGUUGGAUUAAUUAUUCUAAAUAGCAUUCUAUAUUUAUUACCAUUACCUGCCAGAGUUAAAGCCAAAUUCAGGGAAUAAAAUACGUAAUUAAAAAUUAAAAAAAUAAUUAAUCUUUAUAUUACUGUAUAGAUAAAUAUAGAAUAAUAUUUUAAAGAAAUUAUGUACUUUUAUUACUUUUACAAAAGCUUUUAAAAUAUACAAAAAAUAAGUAUUUAUAUAUAUGCAUUAUUUAUAUUUUAUGGAAAAGAUAGAUUGCUUUUAAAUAUACACUACUUUCAAAUAUAUCAAUUAUAAUUAUAUUAUAGUGCUUAUUA